CCCGUGGACAGCAGCGUGACGGCGGCCUCGGCAGGGCCGCAGCGGCAGCCGGGCGGGGGAAGCCCCGACCGGCGUGGAUCUCAUCCGACGAUCCCGUUGGUUUCUUAAACGGAAGCGAAGUGAAAUCUGGUGUUCCUUACGAUGGCCUGAUAUGAAGGAGCUACGCUUCCAAGCCCCCAAAGCUGCUGUGUGGCUGCCUUGUCCUUCAAGUGCAGAAGCUGGUUGAGAUGUCGGGAAUGGAAGCCAAUGUGACCAUCCCAAUCUGGCAAAAUAAACCCCAUGGGGCUGCUCGCAGUGUAGUGAGAAGAAUUGGGACCAACCUGCCCCUGAAGCCAUGUCCUAGGGCAUCCUUUGAGACCUUGCCCAAUAUCUCUGACUUAUGUCUGAAGGAUGUGCCCCCAGUCCCUACUCUGGCAGACAUUGCCUGGAUUGCUGCAGAUGAAGAGGAGACAUAUGCCCGGGUCAGGAGUGACACACGGCCCCUGAGGCACCCCUGGAAACCCAGCCCUCUGAUUGUUAUGCAACGCAAUGCCUCAGUCCCCAACCUUCGUGGGUCUGAGGAGAGACUCCUGGCCUUUAAGAAGCCAGCCCUGCCAGCCCUAAGUCGCACCACAGAGCUCCAGGAUGAGCUGAGCCACCUUCGCAGCCAGAUUGCUAAAAUAGUGGCAGCUGAUGCAGCUUCGACUUCAUUAACGCCAGAUUUCUUAUCUCCAGGAAGUUCAAAUGUCUCUUCUCCCUUACCUUGUUUUGGAUCCUCAUUCCACUCUACAACUUCCUUUGUCAUUAGUGACAUCACCGAGGAGACUGAGGUAGAGGUCCCUGAGCUUCCAUCAGUCCCCCUGCUUUGUUCUGCCAGCCCAGAGUGUUGCAAACCAGAAAACAAAGCUACCUGCAGCUCGUCUGAAGAGGAUGACUGUGUCUCUCUGUCAAAAGCCAGCAGUUUUGCUGAUAUGAUGGGGAUCCUGAAAGAUUUUCACCGGAUAAAACAGAGCCAAGAUCUGAACCGGAGUUUACUGAAGGAGGAAGACCCUGCUAUCCUUAUCUCUGAGGUCCUCAGGAGGAAGUUUGCAUUGAAGGAAGAGGACAUCACUAGAAAAGGAAACUGACAGCAUUCAGCUUUGCAAACUCAAUCUCAUGCUCCUGGAAUUCCUUCAAUAGCUGCCUUCCUCACCACAGAUGUUUCUGCCUCUCAAUUAAAAAACUUCUGCAACAGUCUUGUAAAAGCUUGAGCUUGGACUGAAAAAGAAGAGCUCAAUUAUGUAUUUCCCAAUCAUCACAUCUUAGCAGAAGCUAAGGCCUAUUUUGGAGAUGAGACACUUAUUACUGAUAAAUGUGUAGAUUGGAUUGUCUGAGUCUAAAGGGUGAGAUAGAAAUUCCUGGUUUUUCUUUACCCCUGUGUGAAAUAGGUCCUAAGUGUAUGACUUCACUGCAUUUAUCAGUCACCAUAACUGGUCUCAGUGGACACUUUGUGCCCACAUGUCACUCACUCUCAGUGGCUUCCUUGCAGCAGAGCAGGGCUGAGGGGGGGGAUGGGGCUGUUUAUGUACUUAUUCACAGGUCAGGGAAAAUCUUAUGCUGCUCCAUCACAAACCACACCAAUGCCCAACAAUUACCCCAUUCCUCUUCUCUAACACCUUGAUGUAGGAGGUCAGCCACUGGACCAGCUGACUAUUUGAGUUGCUGCUGGGAGGCCUGGGCUGUUUUUUUCUUAAAUGUAUUUUGUAAUACUCUACAACCAAAUCUACCCUCCAAGGCCCUGGAGCCUCAUCAGUUCCACUGAUUGGAAAAACUUUCUCUUCUAGGGACUUUAGUAAGCCCAGUAGGAAAGAGAAAUGGGAGGGAAAAGAGCUUACAUCCUUUUGACUGCUCCUUUGCGAUUGGCCAAGAUUUGUACCUACUAUAUCAUGCAUGAUUCAGAUACCCUCAAGUCCCUUUCUCUAUGGUAUGCAUCCUGUGUAUUGAAGCACUACCUAACAUUAAAGGAAGGGAUUUGAAGAGAUACCACAAUUUCUAUGUCCAUCUCUUGAGUUGUGAUUAUCUGUUACCCUAUACAGGUAUAGGGUUACUUUUAAUUUUAAGAUCUAUGAAAUUUAAUAAACAGGAUCCUGACAUAUCA